AUGCCAAUGGAUCCCGAUCUCGAAGAGUUGAGCCGGAUUCACUGGCCAGCAUGGGACUAUUUCCUGAUCUACGACAUUUAUUUCUGUACCGGUUGUAUACUUGGCUUAUGGAGAGUGUUUUACUUUUUCCAACUUGUCAAAGGAAUUGGUGGAAGUGUGAUUUCGGUUGGGCGAUGUGUAUCAACGAUCUACAACUACUUGGUGGUUAUGGGCGUGAUCAUGGUGUCGUUCGCCGUCGGUGUCAAUUUACUCGUACAGCCAUAUCUGAACAGCGUCGUUGUCAAAGAAGAUGGCACUGAACAGGCUAUGGGGUCGCAUUUUCGAAGCAUCUUCUCAACGAUCCGCAGUAUGUACUGGGCAGUGUACGGCUACCUGGAUCCGUCACUUUAUCCAAUUGUCAAUGGAAACUCUGGACCAGAUCAAGCACCAACUGAGCACUACAUCACCUCUUUCGCCACUGAGAUGAUAUUAACACUGUAUCACUGUAUCAUUGUGAUAACAUUACUCAACUUGAUGGUGUCACUCUUGGUGAAGAAAGCCGACGAAGUGUUGGAAAACGAGGAAAGUGAGUUUAAAUACACUCGAGUCGCCAUCUAUUCGGAAUACAUCGCCUGGUCUUCCUCAGUGCCACCACCAUUCAAUCUGCUGUUUGUCGUCAAGGAAGUCUUUUUGAGGCUCCUGUUCGACAGAAGAGUUGUCACUUCAUGGCCGGUAAUUCUAUAA